ACAACAACAACAACAACAACAACAACAACAGCAACAACAACAACAACAACAACAACAACAGCAAGAACAACAACAACCAGCACGACAUCCUCUACAGCAUCAACUACUAAAGCCACGACAGGUCCGCCCCCUCCAAAAAUUAAUAUUUCAGUGACAUUUAAAAUCAAUGCAGAUUUCACCGCUGACUUGUAUGACAAAUCAUCAGUUGCAUAUCAGAACUUAAAAGGAAACAUUGAAAAAUCAGUAACUGAAGCUUAUUCAAAAACACCAGGCUUUCAACGUGUUGAAGUCUUCGGGUUCAAGCCAGGCAGUAUUGAAGCAAACAUGAGUAUUAUUUUUAACCAAAGUUCAUUGACUACUGUGAACAACAUGACAGAACAAAGUAACAUUAUAACAAAGGCACUUCAGUCCCAAAAUAUUACAGUUUUGGUUGGAUCCUUUAAGUCAGCAGUCAACAUUCCUGUAAAUUUUAAUGUCAGUCCAUCAUCACCUCAAGAUGGAAAUACUAUGACCUUGACCUGCCCAAUUCAACCUAAUGGUGUCUUUUUAUAUUGGGUACCACCAAAUAAUCAAAACAUUACUGCAACAAAGUAUUCUCAAAUUUCAACCAGCACUCUGGUAGUGAUUAAUAUUGUGAGUACCAAUGACAGUGGUGUUUACACUUGUGUAUACCAAUUAAAUGGUACAACUUACAAUGCUCAACAAACAAUUGCAAUAAAUCCACUGAUCUGUGAUUCAAAUAAUGUUUUGUUUUGUGACAACCAAAAAACAACAAAUAUAACAUGCUGUGUUCAUUUACCAAAUAACUUCGUUUUCACCUGGACUUUAAAUCAGAUAAUGGGAGUUAAAGAAAUAAACCAAAUUUCCAAUGGGACCUGCUCCACCCUUAUUCUUCAACCAAACAGUUGCAUUUCAAACAAUGGAUUUGUGAAUUGCACAACAUCUAAUUCAUCUCUCCAAUUAUCCAUCAAUCAAAGUGUUACUGUCAGAGCUAUAUUACCUGGAAGUGUAACUGUGCAAUUUACACCACCAAGUGCAACUGUUGGGGAUUCUGCAACAGCUGUUUGCACAACAACUACUGUUGGUGAUUAUGACAGCAUUUCCUGGGUCUUUGUGCAGAAUGGCACAAAUGUGUCACUUUCUAGUACUAGCAGUAUUACCAUAAAUGGUGCAAACAUCAAGUUUGUUUCUAUAACUCAAUAUAUGAAUGGAAUAUACUAUUGCAUUUAUAAAUAUAGUGGCAGAGAUAUUAGUGGUUCAGGAUCUAUGACAGUAUAUUCUUGGCCAGUUGUCACAGUCAAUCCUGUAAUGGCAAAUGUUCGAUGCAAUACAAACACAAGUCUUGCUUGCUGUGUUGGUAGUGAUAUGACAAAUGUGAAUGUUACUACUGGAACACAAAUUCCGCUUUCACCAACAAAAGUUUCCAAUGACUACCUCACCUGCUACAAUUACACAACACCGAUAACCUGCACAAACCCUGAAAUAUUUACUUUUCAGUGCAUAGCCAGAAAUCUUGCUGGCCGUCAAGCCUCACCAGGCAUAAUGACUAUAUCAUCCUUUACUGACAAUCCAGAUUGUAAUAAUGCUAUAUUUGGUCUUGGAAUAGACGGUGCCACUUCAGUUUCCAAUAAUUGCCCUCAGGGUCAAACCGGAACACUAACUGCAAUAUGCAUUAAUAAAAAUUGGCAACAAACCCUGCAAAAUUGUACUUUAAGUGUUAUCCAAGAUAUUUUGGUUAUUUCUCAGAACGAUAUGCAUGAUACUGAAAAACUACAAGCUAAGUUGCCAGCUUUAAUUGAGCAACUGGAUGUAUCAGUAACAAAAUAUAAAGAUGAUGUUGCAACGUCAUUUGGAACUAUUUCAUCUGUUGUUCAGACACUUAACAUUUUCUCACAGGUAGUGGAAAACACAACUGUUGGUAUUACCGAAAUGAGUGGAUUUAUUCAGACAGUGUCAGCUUUAAUUGUACCAAAUUCAGCGAGCACCUGGCAAGAAAUAAAUCAUAACCCUGAAACCCAGACCUUUAGCUCCAAUUUGCUCAAGAGUGUGGAAACUUUUUCAAAUUCUUUUUCAAUAACAAAUGAUAGUUUUAGUAGAAAGAUAGGUGAACUGGAUAUACGAGCCAAGAAAGUCAAUAACUCAGACUAUAAUGAACCUUUCACCAGUUUUACUACGAACGGCAGUGUAUCUAUUCCACAAACAGCACUGGAAACUUAUAACGAAACUGUCAUUGUCACCAUUGCUUAUGCAACACUUUCUGAAAUACUCCCCAAGAAUAAUAACAGCAAUUUUUCAGUGAAUAGCAUUGUCCUUACAACAACAGUAGGAAAUGCUGUUAACAAAACUAUAUCUGUUAACAAUGUGUCACUAGGUUUUGGAACAAACAACAAAUCAUUAGGAAAUCCUGAGUGUGUCUUCUGGAAUUUCAAUCUUGGUACUUCAGGAGUUGGAGGGUGGGAUACUUAUGGCUGUUCUUUGAUUAGUAAUACUUCAGAUUUUGUUACUUGCUCUUGUAAUCACACAACUUCCUUUUCAAUAUUGAUGUCACCAGAAUACAAUUUUACUAAAGCACAGGAUGACAUUUUAACUACCAUUUCUGCUAUUGGACUUGGAAUAUCAAUGGGAAGUUUGGUCUUGUGUCUCAUAAUUGAAGUCUUAGUCUGGCAGAGAGUAACCAAAAAUAAAACCUCUUACAUCCGACAUGUUUGCAUUGUAAACAUUGCUAUAUCUCUGCUAAUUGCUGAUAUUUGGUUCAUCAUAGGAUUUGUUAUUAAAGCAGGUUUGCCCUCCUGCAGUGCAGCAGUCUUCUUUACACACUUUUUCUACCUGGCAAUGUUCUUCUGGAUGUUAAGUUUGGCUCUGCUGCUCUUUUUCCGAACAGUCAUGGUUUUCAAAGACUUAGCAAAGUCCCACUUGAUGGCUAUUGCGUUCUGUCUUGGAUAUGGCUGCCCUGUCAUUAUAGCAGUUGUUACAGUAGCCUCUACUUCACCUGCAAAAGUUUACACAAGAGAUAAUGUAUGUUGGCUCAACUGGAAUGAUUCAAAGGCUAUGCUUGCUUUCAUUAUACCCGCCCUAGUCAUCAUUGCCAUUAAUAUGGCCAUUCUUCUUGUGGUUAUCGUAAAACUACUGAGACCAAGUUUAGGAGUCAGACCCAGGGAUGAAGAACGAAGCAAUUUGAAAAUAGUAGGAAGAAGCAUUGCUAUUUUAACACCAUUUUUUGGACUUACAUGGGGAUUUGGAAUUGGAGUUGCUGUUGCACCAGGGAACUUUGGAAUCAACGUUGUAUUUGUAAUACUAAAUGCCUUCCAGGGCUUUUUCAUCUUAGUGUUUGGAACAUUGCUUGACAGCAAGAUUCGUGAAGCUCUCUUUAGGACCCUCUCUUUGUCAAGACUGAGCACAUUCCAGACAAAGAGUACAAGUCUGGACAAACCAUCCAACAGAGUUAAUGAAAGUUUUACUCCCAGCUUUAACUUCUUUGGUAAAAAGGGAAGCUAUAAUAUUUCUGAAGCAUCAAGGCAGUUUUCCUCAGCUACAUCAGAUUCCAACAGCUACUCAGUUUUAAACUAAAAACAUAUGACUGGUUAUUUUACAUUUUUAUUCUGCCAUGGAAUUCAUUAUAGUGGUACACACUUUGGAAAGACAAACGUUUCAUCCAUGCAGUUUAUUUUUUGGACAGUUUCAUCUUCUUCUGUGCCGCUAAACAUAAACACCAAGCCUGGCAUUGCAACAAAUAAUCUGUAUAUGAGCAGCACCUUAUUCAUUUUCACAAUAUUAAAACUAUUUUUUGCUUUUAGCAUAAAUACAAAGAUGCUAUGAGUUCAGUGUUGUUGCAUGGUUUACAAAACAAAGGUAAAUUAUUAUAAAUUUUGUACACUGUUGUGAUUAUUUUAACAGUUUGUGCAAAACAAACAUAAUCUUAUCAUUCUUACCUUUCCACUUUAUAGAAAAUUCUGAUAUAGUGAACUUGUUUAGCCUGGAAAUAUUGUACAUAUUCAAACAUAAUCAGAUAUCUUUCUAUAGGUAUGUAUUGUUAUGGGACAGUGAUAUUUUAAUCGCGCAAGUCAACAUACUGCACUUACUUUAUUACACUUCUUAUUGUGAGCACAUAAUGUAAUGUGUCUGUAAGUAUUCUAAAUUUUAAUGUCAAUUCUUUUGUUAUUGUUGGGUGCUAUACUUUACAAUCAUUUAACUUGGGUUUUUACUUAUAAGAUAUAUGAAGCUUUAAGUGAUGGUUACAAUGAAUGACACUUUUAAAAUUUCUGACUUAAAUAAGUAAAUAAAAAAGAGGCUUUUUUAUUAGUAUAUGGAUCAUUUGAUUCUGUUUUUUUUAUACUUUUAUCCUUCAUUUAAAUUUUAAACAAAAGUCAAAUCAAUGCAUGGAUUUUAAAGUGAUGAAAAAAGAUAUAUUGCACCUUUUGAACAAGUGGUUUAUUGAACAAGUUCGUUCAUAACCUUAAAACAAUGCAUAAGCCUUAUCAGCAACAUGAUCGGCAGGAUUCCUGGUUUAUAUUAACAUAAUCCUUCAGUAUAGGAAGGGAAAUUUAAUUUCAUUUUACAAUGUAUGGAAUGUUGCUGUUUGCAUAAAGUUAUUACUGUAUUUUAUUUUUGUCACAUGUAUCUUUGAUGCACUUUUAUUAAAGUUUUCUGCAUAUGUAUGUAUAUAUGUAUUACAUUCCAUGCUAACCAUUUCCAAAGGUUGAAAAGUCUCACAAAAAAUAAACUUAAAUAUGCAUAAAAUGUAAAACCA